ACCGCGGAUCUAAUCAAAUCUUUUCUCUACCAUCGCAUCGUAUUCACCCCUCUGCCCCUCCAAGGCCCUGACAGCCAUCCCAUCACCGCCCCGCCCCCAAUUAUAUCAUAGGAAGGGCGCCUAUCGCUAAACAAACGACCGAUCGAAUAGAUCAACUGUAAUCUAACCCCUCAUUCGUUUCCCCCUUCUCCGUUUAGACUGGAAAACACUCCAAACAUGUCUGAGCAACCAAACAACCCUCUAUAUUCCAAUAGCAGCCGCGAGGCUCCUGAUGAUACGAUCUCCCUACAUUCCGCUGCACCCUCCUAUACUUCCUCCCUCCCACCUCCUUACACUGAUGGACCACCGUUGUCCCUACCACGUGCGCCCGAACGACGCUACAACUCACUGCUCACCCCUCUUCCCGAGAAUUACAACGUCACCGCCUGGCCAUCUCUUACGGGUUCUGGCCAUCAAAGCAGAGCAUAUGAGAGUGUGGCAGAGCGCCGAACACGCCGAGACGAGGCGAGGAUGCACGCAAACUCCCUCUUGGUCAGGGCCAACAAUGUAAUGCGCACGGAGACUCUACCAGCUGUCGAGGAGGCUCCACCUGCUGUAUCGUUGGCUGAGGAAGGGAAGAGCUGGGACUUCCUUACCACGCAAAUGGCGGAUUGGGAAUCGAGGGAAAAGAGCUGGAACGACUUUCGUGCAAGAUUAUCUAAGGAUCAGAGCCGCAUCCCUUUCCCCAAGAAAAGGGUGGGAACAGGCGGGAGGUUUGGGUGAGGGCCGAUGGAACCAUUCGUUCGAUCUUCUGGGGCGCCAUGGGGCCUGGCUUACAUCUAGGCAGCCUGAAUGCUUUGUCUACCAUCGCUCGGGAUACUACCGUAGUACCCUGGGAGAUCAGGAUUUGAUUAGUUCCUGGGGUUUCGCACAUUCAUUCCUGGCGUGUUUUUAUUCUUCUCCACAGUUCUUAGUGCAUCUUUGCUUCUGGUAAUCAAUUUCAACCCUAAAUGUAUUGGCAGGUCUACUAUAUUUUCAUUUUGCUCCUUUUUCAUGUCGUCUAUCUGAUUAUGCGGAUCUACCUGUUUAACCUGCAGAACACAUGAAAUAUCAACUUAUUCAUCAUUAAACGCGGGCUGUAAAUUAGACUACCCCUUACGCAGCUGCGAGAAGUUUUGCGCGACCCGGUGUACCAUAUUUGCCUAGUGGAGCGCCUAAGUAUUAAGUUACGGAGCCGCACUAUUCCUUACUAUGUGGUAUGGUGUCGAAGCGGUCGAUUUGGGAGGGUAUGUACGAGGUCAGUUUCCGGGCACCCCAAAAAAACACUCCGUCGGGUCUUC